UCUUUGCAAAUUUUCAUUUUCAUAUUUUUUUGAUUGAUUUGUAUUGUCAUUUUGUGUGAACAGUUCACAGAUCAUCUAGCUUUAAUUUUCCUGUAGAGAAAUUAUGUACAUUUAGCAAAUUCAGCUUUUUGGGAUUGUGGGCUAUAGCCAAGCCCGUACUGUGCGCUGAUCUCGAUAUGGCAGACGAUUCUUCUGUAUCAAAUGGAACUGGGGCCUCAAGUAUGCCACGGCGAGGCGCACUUGAUGGGAUCGCGGAUCGGAUGAAGUGCAUGCUAGAAAGUGGAGACCUGUCCGAUGUGCAGUUUAUAGUAGGCCGAGAGUUCGGAACAACGAAGAUCUUUCGAGCACACAAGUAUGUGCUAAGUAGCAGCAGUGAUGUGUUCUAUACCAUGUUUUACGGGAGCCUGCCCGAGAAGUGUGACACUGCCAUCGAUAUUCCAGAUGUUCCUGAAGAUGCCUUCGAAAUCAUGCUCAAGUACGUCUACACGGAUAAGGUGGAUGUAGAUGAGGAUAAUGUUUACCCGACGAUGGUGUGCGCUGACAAAUACGACCUACCACGUUUGGGGGAUCAAUGCGUCCACUAUGUCCUCACUGAGCUCAGAGCUGGCACCUGUCUGUACCAUCUGGAAAGGGCCCUUAUGUGGGGUGCACCUACCGCACAUAUCGUAGAAAGUUGUCUGCACUUCGUGGAUGUACACUGUGAAGAAAUCUUGGAGUCGGAAGAUUUUGCUGAAAUCGAACACAGCACACUGGAAAGAAUUGUAAAACGCAACACGCUUUUUGCGGAAGAAAAUCUUAUAUACACAGCGGUGAAUAGAUGGGCUAUGGAGACCUGCGACAUUCGUAAUUUGAAGUUUUCACGGACUAACCGGCGUCAGGUGUUAGGCCCGGUUCUUCACCAGAUACGAUUCCCGCUGAUGACAGACAAGCAGCUAGCAGACGGUCCCGUUGGCAGUGGCUUGCUGACGUUGCCAGAGUUAAAAGACAUCUACAGAGGGUUAUUCAGCCAAGUGUGGUCAGCGCAUUAAAAAAAUUCCUAUAAUUCAGCCGUUGCGCAGAGUCAGAUUCUAAUAAUUGUUUUAUUAUGGCAAAUUAGUUUUGAUGCUUUUUGCAAGUUUUGUGACAAUCGGGUUUAAACAGCCCGCAAUAUUGGCUACUGACCUAAAGAC